AUGGCAGGUCCUUUCAGUUUGACGUUCAUGUCGGGGGGCAACAAGGCUUGGCUGUUGACAGUGAUAACAUGUUUGAUUAUCGCCUCGGGGGGGAUCGUCUUGGUGGUAUCGCCCAACAACAAUCAAGACACGGGGGAACCAGUUAAAGAUGAAUCUGAAUUCGAUGUAACGAUCGCUCCAAAUAUUACCGGGAACCGUACGCAAAGACCAACCACCGCACCCACAAGCAAACCACCUAUUCCACUGUUCCUACCAACCACCACACCAGCACCCACCCCCAGGCCAACCCUUUUCGUUCCAGUGCCAGAUGUCACUGUAGCCCCCAGUCGCAUGCCCGUAUACACCCAACCAACAUCCACCUCCGCCCAAGCACCCAUCCCCGGAACUCCAGUCAUUGGAGCAGUACGACAAUACCCCUUUGCAUUGGUCUUUGAAUGCGAUUGGCAAGGGAACCGUCUUUCCUUCACUACCAAAACAAUCUCCUCUUCUGUCACUCGACUGUGCAUCGAAGCACCACCGCUGCCUCCGGACGAAGCACCGGUCGAGAUUGCCUAUCUCAACACUUUUAUAUUCAGCCGAGAAGCCUAUGAAGAUACCGAAGAGGUGUUGGAACCCUUGUUACAGCACUCCGUGAUUGGGGGCAAGCCAGAUCCCUUUGGUUUGACGUUGAUCAAUUGCCCGCCGGGAGUUCGUAUUUGUCGAUUUGCCACGGACCUUCGAGACGAGUUCUUUACCCAUGAUGCCUUUUUGGUUGGUCAGGGAGAACUUGCCCUGCAAUUCGUGCAGGAACCAAAGUCCAUUGCGGGGAUUGCACCCAUUACCAUUUACUUUUUGUUGUCCAAAACGGACAUUGUGGAGCCGAUCAUACUGGGACGGCGGGCAGAUCCGGUUGUCGCCAACAACAACCCCAAGAUUCUCGAGCUACAAUCGACCAGCUCGACGACAACAACAACAUCAUCUCGCCCUGUUGGCAGAGGCCAUCGAAAGCAAAACGCCUUUCGCAACAAAGGUGAACGGCAGGAUCCAUCCAUUACUGGUGGUGCUGCUGCUGCUAGUACCAAGAACGGCGACAACAGCAACAACAUUCUCCAGUUGCAGACCACCACAACAAUGCCGGAGCUGUCUCUCCACAUUGGAAGAGGGCAUCGAAAGCAAAAUGCCUUUCUCAACAAAGACAAUAGUGGACGGCCGAACCCACCCAUGAGUGUUGGUGCUGCUCGUAGCAACAAGAACAGCAACAACAACAUCCUCGAGUUGCAGACCACGACGACAACAUCAGCGCUGUCUCGCCAUGUCGGAAAAGGGCAUCCAAAGCAGAAUGCCUUUCGCAUGAAACAAAAAAGACAUCCUCCGUGA